AUGCCCAUCGUUUCACGAGUCAUUUCCAUCCCGCUGCGUAUUGCAGAGAUUGCCUUUGCGGCGGUGGUCGCAGGUAUUAUCGGGCACUACCUUCACUCCUUUGCCAACAUCGACGCCUGGGCGCAAUCCCGCUGGAUCUAUACCGAGGUCAUCGCUUCUCUAUCGAUCCUUCUCGGUCUUCUCUGGCUUCUCCCUUUUGCCUGGGGCUUUUAUCUGUGGCCGCUGGACAUUCUGAUCUCCUUUGCCUGGUUUGCUGCCUUUGGUAUCUUGGUCGAUGCGCUGCAGGGUAUGCAAUGUGGUGGCAUCUGGUACUGGCACUUCAGGGGACAGAACCAAUGUGGACGGUGGAAAGCUGCCGAGGCCUUCAGCUUCUUGUCUGCUAUUGUCUGGCUCAUCUCUGCUCUUGUGGGUCUCUGGUUCACAUUCCGUGCUCGCGACCGCACCGUUCGAAGCUCUCGCUGGGGCCAGCGCUCUGUCUAA